UUUCCUUUUCUGAAUCUCUCUCCGAACUCUGAAACCAAACACACUCCCUCCACUUUCUGCUUUUUCUCACCACUUUCUUAUUCGGUCUUGUUUUGUUUUUGUUUCACAAAUUCUAAAAGCUUUUACUGAAAAAUCUGAAAUCUCUUCUUGCUUUGCUUCUGAUUUGGGGUUUCCCUUGCCUUCCCUUCUACAAUCGGAAUCAAUGGCUAUCGUAGAAGUCUUUCUCGGUGCGUUCAUCACUGUGCUCCUGGAGAAGAUGGCCUCUGGUGAGUGGUUGAAAUUUCUCCGCCACGAGGGCAUUCUUACCCAGCUGAGCAAUUGGAUCAGCACUCUCUCCCAAAUUCAAGCACUUCUCACUGACGCAGAGGAUAAGCAACUGACCGAUCGAGCCGUGAACCAGUGGCUGGACGAUCUCCAGGAUUUGGCAUAUGAUUUGGAUGAUUUAGUGGACGAAUUCUCCACUGAAGCUUUGCGGCGGAAGCUGAUGUCAGAGCAGCCCCAGGCUAGUUCCAGUAAGGUAUGGAACUCCAUCCCCACUUGUUGUACCAAUUUCAAGCCAACUUCUGUCAUGUUUAAUUUCGAAAUGAGGUCCAAGAUUAAGGAGAUCAAUACCAAAUUAAGCAAUAUUUUUGAACAAUGUUCGAAACUUAAUUUGGUUAAGAUUAUUGGAACCACCCCUACACCUACGACUAAGACUUGGCAAAGACCAGAGUCUACAUCUUUAAUUGAUGAACCUCGCGUUUAUGGCCGAGAACAUGAUCAGAGUAAGAUAAUUGAGCUGCUCGUAAGGGGGGAUGAAUCAAGUCGUAGCAAUGUUGGUGUAAUUCCCAUUGUGGGUAUGGGUGGGAUUGGCAAGACCACCCUUGCUCAGAUGGUAUACAACCAUGAAACCGUGAAGGAGCAUUUCGAUUUGAAAGCAUGGGCUUGUGUGUCAAAUGAGUUUGACAUUCUGAGAAUAACAAAAGCUAUUUAUGAUUCAGUGACUUCCCAAACAUGUAGUUUUAAUAACUUGGAUCAUGCUCAAGUUCAACUAAAGCAGGCUUUGGCUGGAAAGAAGUUUUUAAUUGUUUUAGACGAUGUCUGGAACAAUAAAUACAGUGACUGGAAUGUUUUGAAGAAACCUUUCAGUGAUGGAGCCCAAGGGAGUAAAGUCGUGGUGACAACACGUAACAGAGAUGUUGCAAGAAUGAUGGGAGCUGUUGAACUUCAUGACAUUGAGGUCCUAUCAGAUGAAGAUUGUUGGUCGCUGUUUGAACAACAUGCCUUUGUGAAUCCAAGUAUUGAUGCAAAUCCAAAUUUGGUAUCAAUUGGUAAGAAAGUUGUGGAGAAAUGUGGAGGUUUGCCUCUGGCUGCUAAGACACUUGGUGGCCUUUUACGUUGCAAAGAACAAGAUGAGGAAUGGGUUAAUGUAUUGCAUAGUGAAAUAUGGGAUUUACCACAUCAAGAAAGUGAUAUCCUACCUGCUUUGAGAUUGAGCUACAAUCAUCUCCCUUUGCAUUUGAAGCAGUGCUUUGCAUAUUGCUCAAUAAUACCCAGCUACUAUGAAUUUGAGGAAGAGGAGCUAGUCUUGUUGUGGAUGGCGGAGGGCUUUGUUCAACAAAGAGAGAAGCAAAUGGAAGAUGUAGGAGGUGAGUACUUUCGGGAAUUGUUGUCAAGGUCUUUUUUCCAACUAUCAAGUACCGGUAAAAGCUCUAAAUUUGUGAUGCAUGACCUCAUCAAUGAUUUGGCUCAAGUAGUUGCAAGAGAUACUUGUUUUAGAUUGGAGGUUAGAUUGGAAUGUCAGGAGCAGUGCAAAAACAUAAAGAAAGCUCGACAUUCAUCUUACAUGCGGGAGAGAUGGGAGGGUACGAAAAAAUUUGAGAUCUUUGACAAAGCCAUGCAUUUACGGACCUUCUUACCAUUUAACUCACCAUAUGGCCUGAAUUGUUAUUUGGAAAGUAAUGUUCCUCUUAAUCUAUUGCCGAAGCUAAAACGCUUGAGGGUGCUUGAUAUGAGUAGAUAUGACAUCACAGAAGUUCCAAAUUCAGUUGGACAUUUGAAACAUCUACGGUAUCUUAACCUAUCCUACACCUACAUUGAAGAAUUACCUGAAUCACUAGGCUCUCUUUACAAUCUACAAACAUUGAUGUUAAGAGAAUGCACAAAACUGAAAAAGUUGCCAGCAGACUUGGGAAACCUAAUUGACCUACGGCAUCUCGAUACUACAAAUGCACAUUCCUUAGAAGAAAUGCCACUUGGAAUCGGUAAGUUGGCUAAUCUUCAGACAUUGUCCAAUUUUAUUGUUACUAAAAACAAUGGGCAUCGAUUAAGAGAGUUGGGGAAUUUAAUUUAUCUGCGGGGGAAGCUUUGCCUAUUUGGGUUACAGAAUGUGGUGGUUGCAUUACAUGCAAGGGAAGCGAAUUUAAAUGAUAAGAAGGGGUUAGAUGUGUUAUCAAUGGAAUGGAGUGUGAACUCAGAUGAUUCACGAGAUGUAGGAGUUGAAACAGAAGUGCUCGACAUGCUACAACCUCACAAGAAUUUAAAAGAGCUCCAUAUCAAAGGCUACCUUGGUACAGGAUUUCCAACCUGGAUAGGAGAUCCUCUGUUCUCCACUAUGGCUAACCUAAGUUUAGACAAUUGUGGAAAUUGUGCAUUCUUGCCACCACUCGGACAACUACGCUCCCUUAAAAAGCUUUAUAUUGAAGGAAUGAGUGCACUAAAAGAUGUCGGUCGUGAGUUUUAUGGGCAGGGUGGUGCCAAACCUUUUCCAGUACUGGAGACUUUAAGCUUUAAGGAUAUGCCAGAAUGGGAGUAUUGGUAUAGUUUUGAAGAUGAUAAGGAAGUUCAACCAUUUACACAUGUUAGUGAGCUCUCCAUAAAAAAUUGUCCUAAACUUCUCAAAAUGUUGCCCAGUGAUCUACCUUGUUUGAAUAAUCUAGAUAUUACGGGAUGCCCACAAUUCCUAGUUGAAGUUUCCAGCCCUAUCCUCCCAUCACUCACCUCCGUGGCUAUGAAUGACGUUCCUCUAACAAGCCUUCAAGCGGUCCUUGAGAUGAGGAGCAUGGUUGAUGAUGAAAUGAUAUCAGCAAAUGCAAAGUCUAAGCAUCUGAGUUCAAUAACUUCCUUGAGCAUUGGGAUGAUUGAGGAACUCGAGUUCUUGCCGAAAUGGGUUACUCAUGGGCUGAUGGAACUCGAAGCAUUGAAGAUUACCGGCUGUGAAGAACUCAAGACACUGUGGAGGAAUGAGGUGAGAGUGCAGCACAGUCUCCCUGCAUUUCGAAGUUUGGAAAUUCAAGGCUGCCCCCAGCUUGUUUCAUUGUUUGAAGAAGAUGAGGAUGAAGAAAAGGAAGGCCAACAUCAGCAGCAGCAGCAACAAGAGGGACUCCCUUGCAUAGUGAGGCUUGAGCAUCUAAGAAUAUAUAAUUGUGAAAAGCUGGAGAAACUGCCACGGAUGCUACAUAAGUUCAAUUUUCUUCGAGAGUUGCAUGUCAGUAAUUGUCCAAGUCUCAGCUCUUUUCUGGAGACAAGUUUUCCAUGCACGCUGAAAACACUCGAAAUAUAUGAUUGUGAGGCUCUGCAAUCCUUAUUCGGGUGGAUAAUGCAGAUUAAUGACAACAAUCUUGAAGUAUUAGAGGUUCAUAAUUGUCCGUCCCUUAGGUGCUUGAUAUCGUGCAGAGGUGGGAGGCUACCACCCACACUCAAAGAGCUUCGGAUUUUGAAGUGUGAAAAGUUGGAGGCACUGCUAGUAGAGGAGGGGAUGGAAAGUAACUGUCCAUCUCUUGAGUGUGUUUCGAUCAGUGAUUGUGAUAGUCUCAAAUACUUGCCAGAUGCCCUUCCUAAUAAUAAUAAUAAUAAUAAUCUCGUUGUAUUGGAUGUAUUUGGGUGUGAGAAUUUGGAGUCCAUUCCGGAAGGAUGGUUCCACUCUGCAACAAAUCUGAGAAAAUUGGAAAUCAGGGGAUGCAAAAAACUAAAGGCCCUACCAGUUUUGCCACACGGAUUGCAGACCAUCAACUACCUCACUUCUCUUGAAGAGUUGUGGAUGAAUAUUUCACAUUGGAACAACAACUUCAAGAAGAUUGGUUUGCACAGUUUAUCCUCUCUUACAUCACUAGUGAUUGAAGGCCCAAUUAGUGUGGCAGAGGAUGAAGAAGAAGAAGAAGAAGAUGUAGCGGGGUCCAGCUUUCCCAUAGAUGGGAUGUUGCUUCCCACCUCUCUGCUCAAGCUUACCAUCGAGGAAUUCCCAAAUCUGGAGAAGCUAUCUUCUAAGUUGUUUCAAAACCUCGCCUCUCUUGAAUAUCUUGAAAUCAGGGGUUGCCCUAGGCUCAAAUCUUUACCAGUGAAAAGGCUGCCUCCCUUACUUGAGAAAUUGUCAAUCUGGGGAUGUCCGAGACUGACAGGGAAGUGUGAAAAGUGGAAAGGCAAAUAUUGGCCCCACUUAGCUCACAUUCCUCAAGUCUACGUGCGUUGAUGUUGAUAAUGAUGAUGAGUUCUACACCCUGUGGGGAUUCCCACUGCGAUACAAGCAGUCAAAUUGCCAGGAUGGCUAUGCAUGACAGUGUAUUUAAGGGUUCCUUAUGAGGUUUUAUUUCUCCGUUUCUGGCUCUUCCUGUGCUUAAUAAUGUUGAAGAUGCUAUGCUGGAGCUUCCUGGGAGUAUUGAAGUCAAAAUAAUGGAUAAUUGUUUAUGAUUGUUGGCUUGUAUUAAAAUUUGAAGCAAUAUUUAUUUUAGUUUCUAUGUUAUGCGAGUAUUGUAAGUUUUGGUUUGUUUUUAUGAGUUAAAACAAUGGAUAAUUGUUUACGGUUUUUGAAACACUUUUUUUUAUGAUUGUUAUGUAAGUUAAAACAUUGGAUAAUUGUUUAUGAUUGUUGUUUGAUUUGUAUAAAAAUUUAGUGUUUAU